UAACACCCUUCCACUUCCACUUCUAUGCCUCUCUACCUUUCUUAAAAUAAUAACAGUUAUUCAAUAGUCCAACUCAUCAUUGUCAAAUGAAGCUGAGUGACGAAAUAAUGAAGUUGAUGAUUCUAAAUGUGAACUUGCAUGAUGAGAAAGCAAAGCAGAAGGCCAUGAAAGUGGUUUCUAGCAUUAAAGGAAUUGAGUCAAUAGCGAUGGAGAUGAAGGAGAAGAAAAUGACGGUGGUUGGUGAUUUUGACGCAGUGAAAGUGGUAAUCACAUUAAGAAAGAUAUGUCACACAGAUAUAGUGUCACUUGGACCGACAAAUAAUAAGAAGGAUGAGGGCAGUAUUGAAAAAGGGAAGAAAGAUGGUGAUGACAAGAAUAACAAGGACGAUGAUUCAAUUGCGGAGCUUGUUAAGCUAUACAAAACCUACAAUCCCCACAUGACCAUGUACUAUAACGUUCACAGUCUCGAAGACAAUCCAAAUGCUUGUAUCAUUCUUUAA